AUGAGCACAAAAUUAGAAGAAUAUCCAGCGGAGAACGCUGAAGAGAUAGAAAAACAGUUUGCGGUAAAAGUUGUUGAACAUGCUCGUAUUAAUGGUUAUAUUUAUAUUUAUAUUCUUAUUAUUGCCUUAGAAGUCUAUUGGAAGUUGUUAACAAGUACUAAAGGAAGCACGCUACGUCUUACUAGGAUAGAUGAUGAGAUAUAUGAACAUUUCACAAGAGAAUUCCAGGAAUUUUCGACAAAAGAGUUUGUUUCUUUAAUUGAUGAAAAUCAAUUAAAAUCAUCUGAAAACAAAGCAAAAUGGCGCAAAUUCAUGAUGGUAUAUGAAAAUAAGGUUGACAAUUAUAAUUUUGGCACAUUAUUAAGGACUGAUUCACGUGGAGAAUAUGAAGAAAAAACCACUAUUUUUGUACCCAGAAUACAGUUUUACGCAUUCGAAAUUGCACGCAAUCAUCAUGGUCUUAAUGAUUGGAUCUAUGAAACAUAUAAAACAAAAUAA